CACCGCCGCCGCCGCCUCCCCCGCCGCCGCAGCUCCAGCAGCAGACGCCCCGCCGCCGCCGCCGCCGUCGUCGCCCGGACCCUGGCGCACUGAAUGCAGACUAAUAGGGAUGCCAAAGGAAAAAUAUGAUCCUCCAGAUCCUCGCAGAAUUUAUACCAUCAUGUCAGCAGAGGAAGUAGCCAAUGGGAAAAAAUCUCACUGGGCAGAAUUAGAAAUCUCGGGUAGAGUGCGGAGCUUAAGUACAUCACUUUGGUCUUUGACACACUUGACAGCACUGCACCUAAAUGAUAAUAACCUUGCUCGCAUUCCACCUGAUAUUGCCAAGCUUCAUAAUCUGGUUUACCUGGAUCUCUCAUCCAAUAAACUCAGAAGUUUACCAGCAGAACUAGGAAACAUGGUGUCUCUCAGGGAAUUGCUUUUAAAUAACAAUCAGUUACGGGUUUUGCCUUAUGAACUUGGUCGGCUCUUCCAGCUACAAACUCUAGGUUUGACAGGCAAUCCUUUAUCACAGGAUAUUGUCAACUUAUACCAGGACCCAGAUGGAACCCGAAAGCUACUGAACUUCAUGCUUGACAAUCUUGCAGGUGGUCUGAAGAAGUCCUUAUUGCUUGAGGGGACAAGCUGGUUCUCAGGAGAUGAUCCUGCUCCAGUUCAUCCAGAGCAGCUUCCUCCGAGGCCAUGGAUUACAUUAAAAGAACGAGACCAAAUUCUGCCAUCAGCAUCAUUCACAGUUAUGUGUUACAAUGUGUUAUGUGAUAAAUAUGCUACCCGGCAGCUAUAUGGCUACUGCCCAUCCUGGGCAUUAAACUGGGAAUACAGGAAAAAGGGAAUAAUGGAAGAAAUUGUCAACUGGGACGCAGAUAUCAUUAGUCUUCAGGAAGUAGAAACAGAGCAAUACUUCACUCUCUUUCUGCCAGCAUUGAAGGAACGAGGAUAUGAUGGGUUUUUUUCUCCAAAGUCACGUGCCAAAAUCAUGUCUGAGCAGGAGAGAAAGCAUGUGGAUGGUUGUGCAAUAUUCUUCAAAACUGAAAAAUUUACCUUGGUGCAGAAGCAUACAGUGGAAUUUAACCAGGUGGCAAUGGCUAAUUCAGAUGGAUCCGAAGCUAUGUUGAACAGAGUGAUGACAAAAGAUAACAUUGGUGUCGCUGUGGUAUUAGAGGUUCACAAAGAACUGUUUGGAGCAGGUAUGAAGCCUAUUCAUGCUGCAGACAAACAGCUGCUUAUAGUGGCAAAUGCCCACAUGCAUUGGGACCCAGAGUAUUCUGAUGUGAAACUUAUUCAGACCAUGAUGUUUGUCUCAGAGGUUAAAAACAUUCUGGAGAAAGCCUCCAGUAGGCCUGGCAGCCCAACUGCAGAUCCUAAUUCCAUCCCGCUGGUGCUAUGUGCAGAUCUUAAUUCAUUACCAGAUUCAGGUGUUGUGGAAUAUUUAAGCAAUGGGGGAGUAGCUGACAACCAUAAGGACUUCAAGGAGCUAAGGUACAAUGAGUGUCUUAUGAACUUCAGCUGCAAUGGAAAGAACGGAAGCUCAGAAGGAAGAAUCACACAUGGCUUCCAACUUAAGAGCGCCUAUGAAAAUAACUUGAUGCCUUAUACCAAUUACACCUUUGAUUUCAAAGGCGUGAUUGACUACAUUUUCUAUUCCAAGACUCAUAUGAACGUGCUUGGUGUCCUGGGGCCUUUAGAUCCUCAAUGGCUGGUUGAGAACAACAUCACUGGGUGUCCGCACCCUCACAUCCCUUCAGACCACUUCUCACUGUUAACACAACUUGAACUCCACCCUCCACUUCUGCCUCUUGUCAAUGGUGUUCACUUGCCUAAUCGGAGGUAGUGGAGUACUGCCCCCGCAGAGACGGGGAUCUGUUGCUAUGGACCUGUAUAGUUGUAAAUCAAAGUAUGUAGGAGUGAAGUAUGGCCAUCCUUAAGCUGCUUCUUCAGGUUCCUUUCAUUAUGUGUUUGCUAUAUGACUUUGUAUAUUUUUGUGCAUACUGAUAUCAUUUGGCACUAGGGCUGGAACCAAAGUAUUACUAUCUAUCUAUAUCCAAAAUACUAAUUAAGCAUAUUUUUUAAUUGGAUUUCUUCAUAUUAUAUUAGGAGCCAGCAUCCAUAAUAAUCACUAAUUUGAGGUCCAGUGUAAUAACAUUUCUCUUGAAUGAUUUCAAAUAAGUCAAUCAUUUUUAUAAAAGGCAAUUUUUAAAACUAUAAAUGUAAGGUUUUAAAUUAAAUGAUGGCAUGCCUUGUAGGGAAAACCUUCUUGAAUUUCUGUUUUUCUUCAUAACAAACUAAUUGGUGGCUCUCAAGUCAUUUGCACAUUUGCAAAGCACUUAAAUUUGCUUGAUCUGUACAUAAGAUGAUAUAGCCACUAGCCAUACUAAGAAAAUUUGAGAAAUGAAAGAUAGUUGCACAAUAUGCUUUCAGAAUCAAGCAUUUAGCAGUAUGUGACAGUCUAUUGGCCAAAUGCUGGUUGUUUUAUUUUGGUUAAUGAAUAACUCUUAUUUUUUGUUCACCUGUUAGUUACAAUCUCUGUAGAAGUAUUAACUCUAAACCUGUCCCUCCAGUUUAUUUAUAGAGAAAUAGCAAGUCUAUACUGCCAUUUACCUUGAAAAUAGGAUUUGGUAUGUUGAGAAUGCCCACAAAAUUAGUGUCUUGUAUUUUCCAUUUUUUUUUUUUUCCUGUCUACCCGUAUUUUUUUGCCUGGUUGUACUGGAAAAAGAUAUUUUAGGAUCUAUGUCAUUUUUGCCACUAUAGUCAAAUGUUUAAACAAAAUUGCUAAAUUAAAGGGCCCUGAUCAAAGUUUCAGAAAGGGAAAGCCAUAUACGUAUUUAUUUCAUGGAUUUCCCAAAGUAAGGCAAGUGGCUAUUGGUUUUGUUUUCUUGAGGUAACAAUGGAAAGGAUUUCUGGGAGAGGACAGAUGUGGGGCAGUAGUUGAAACCCUGGGAUCUUUUUUCCUUACUCUAGCUGCCAAAUGGCCAUCAUAUGCUUUUUAAUCCUUGUUUCCAUUCUUUGUCAAGAUUGAAUUAAGCUACUGUUUAUUCCCAACUGUUGAUGCCUCUAAAUUUGUUGCAGUCCUGUUGUUUUUCUCCCAGGAGGGGGCCACCUGAGUAUCUGACCCAAGAGGCAACGAACAUAAUGCCAUUUUGGAGGGUUGGGGGAGAGGCAGAAAUUGGUUGACUACUUGAUGUUAAUUAUGGCACAGUAACAGGAAAAGGUGUGUCUGUGUUUUUAAGUUUUUCUUUAUUCUGCUUUUUUGCUGCUAUAAGAGUUUUUCUGAAAUUUAUAUUUUAAACUUUUCAUGCACUUUACUGUUUCUAGUAUCAAAAUGUAAUAUUUUUAAUAAACAAGAAAUUUUCCAUUAUGUGAAUGAAAUUUUAAAGAAAAUAGCCUAUAUUUGUGUCUAACUAAUAUAUAAAGUACAACUCAAAUUUAAAUUAUUUAAUUAGUUUUAAAUAUAUACAAAUUAUCUCCUUUCAAUCCUGACAUCUUAGGCUGUUUUAUUACUCUUAAAUAAUACAUUUCCUGUGGUCAUUUUGUACUAAUUUUCUUCCAUAGUAAAUUAAUCAGGCUAUAUCAAGUAGUAUUUCCCCUGAAGAGUAAGUGUAGUGGGAUGAGGGUGGUGGGAUGAUGUAAGGUCAUAUAGGAUUGCAUCCAGAAGGGUUCUGUAAAGCCUAAACUCCCUUUUAAAAGUGCCUAGUAAUUAGAGGCGUUGUGUGUCAUCUGUUAUAAUUGGAAUGUCAUUGUAGCUCAGUGAAGUUUGGUGUAAGUAAAAUACUUUAAAAAAUACUAAAGCACCCUAAUAAACAGACAAGACGCAACCCUUAAGAUGACAGAUUAUCCUCAGUGUGCAGGUAUCCCUUCUUAUAUACCUCAAGCAUCCAAUAUCUAGCCAUGCAAAUUGAUUACCUGAACCAUAGUACUGGAAAGUAGAAUAGCAUGAAAAACUUAAUUUUGUGGACAUUACCUUUUUUUGUAAUCCGCUACUGUAUGUUUUAUUUUAGAUCUUUUGUUUUAGGUGGGUUUUUCUGCUCUGGAGGUAUAUGCACUAACAAAACAUUUUCCUCCUUUCAUAUACGCAUGUUAAUUAGCAAUGUGAGCAAUAUUUCCUACCAUACUUCACUCCCAAUAUUUUUUGAGAUGUUUGUAUAAAAUGGAAUUUAAAGUUCACUUAUGAUUGUAUAUGAACCACAGAGGAGCCCAUUUAUUAAUAAAAAUCUUUUUUAAUAGUUAAAUGUAGAGGGAAAAAUAAAAAAAAUUGGGAAACAUUGUAAACAGCUUAAGUUUAUUUUGUGUAUGAUUGAGGCACUCUGUUGCAGGAAGGUGUGUAAUUGGGUUUUCUCUGCUUCCAAAUGCACUCUUUCAAACUAUUCAUUAUCCUGUGUAUUUUUAAUGUGGUUUUAGUAAAUGUUGAUAGUAGCUCUGUUGAAGUAGGUGAUCGUGUUAUGUUUUGGGUGGCACACACACUUGGGGCAUGGUAACCCAAAUUCCAUGUGCACGGUUUCCCUUUUAGCCUUUUGCCGAAAUUUCACACACUGUUUACCCUUUGUUCCCUUUGUAAAAGGAGUGGUAUCUGUUUUGAGCUGCCAGUUCAGAUGAUCAGAAAUGCUGCUGUCCUCAGCAUUGUUAAAUGCAUGCCAUUUAAAACUUUGGCAGUUAGAAGCCCAAAGGAAAUGGUGAAUGACAUGAAAUUCAGUGAGGGUGAAAUAUAUAUAUGCUCACAUACUUUCUAGUUCUCAGAAUAAGUUAAUAAGCUUUAUGCCAUUGGGCUGCUGCAUAUUUUAUCUGAAGAAGAAAAUUUGGGUAUGUUUAGAUUGCAAUAUGUGGUUUUUUAAAAAAAUUGUUAAAUAUGAUUUCUGAUAAUUGUCUACUGGCGUGUUUUUUUUUUAAGUUUAUUAUAACAGUGUUGUUUGAGGAAGGGGAAACUGCACUGUUUGCCAUUAUAAGAGUCAUACAAGUGCAUGUCAAGUCACCCACUCUCAGGCAUCAGUAUCCACCUCAUAGCUUUAUACAUUUUGAUGGGGAAUAUUGCAGCAUCCUCAGGACUGACAUCUGGAAAAGGCUCAGAUCCACUUACUGCUCCUUGCUUGUUGACUUUGUUUUAAAAUAUUGUGCCUGGUGUCAACUUUUAAGCAACAGCACUGCCUAAAAGCAAGCAGAGAACAGAAUCCCAGCACCAUUCUAUAGGCAACUUUUUAGAAUUCAGAUAUAGUAAAUCUGUUCAAGAUUUAUGAUGUUUUAUGUAAAAAAAAAUUUUGUACAACAUAGCUGAAUAUUUUUGUUUCAUUUCUUUGAUGUAAGGCAUGUGAACAUUCUACUUGAAUAUCACAUGUUAAAGUCAGGUAUGGCACAAUGGGUUCUGAGACCAGCUUUUUUCUCCCCCUUCCCAUUUUGCCUGUUCUAAGCUUUCUUUUCAGAUUACUUUUCUGAUAUUCAUAGGCAGAUAUUUAAUUUUACUAAUAAGCAUCUUAUGUGAAUGUAUUUUAAAAGCCACUGUAUCUUAGUGUUGUAGUUUGCAGAAAUAUAAAGCUCCAUUUCUUAUUUGACCCUAUUUUUUGGUGUCUUAAAGCUAUAUAUUCAUUCACUAAGAAGCAAAGGAGAAAAUAGAAAAGUGUCCAAGACUCAUAUCACUUGAUUCUGUGGCAGAUUAUGUUAAAACUGAGGGUGUGGCAUAUCAAAGGUAGAACAUGGACAGCAAUUGAUCCAUUUAAAAAUUCUAUGUUCUGAGUAUAUCUUGCUAAACGGGUGAAAUUUUAAGUUUGUAUUGCAUUUUUAAGAAGCUUUAAGAAAUCAAUACUAUGUGUACGUUCAGUAUCAAAUAGGUAAAAGUGACGAAAGCACAAGGAAAAGUAGUUGAAUAUACUCUUUGAAGGAGCCAGAGGCAUAUCGUUUGUCAUUCCUAAUACAAGGCUAGAUUUUCUAGUGUUAAAAUUGACUAUGUCCCUAUAUUUAUUUGACUAAAAGCUUUUAUAUUCUGAGUUUAUGAAGUAUUUUAAUAUUACCAGCUGAUCACUAACUUCAAUCACAGGAAACAUGAUCAGUUUUUAUUAUAGCAAUGGUUUUCUAGCAAGCAAAAGCUGUCACAUUUUUGAAAUAACAUUGUUGUGGCUGAAAUGGGAAUUGUCACAUUUGUAAAGUUUUCUCCACCUCUCCAAACAAACCAAAAACCCAAAACAUCACCUUUCUAAUGUAUUAAAGUAACUUUGCUUAUAAAUUGUAUCAUAUUUGUAGAAAUCUGUCAACUAGAGGUAGAAGAAUUAACUAGAGAAUGUAGACUAUUUUUUUAAAUCGGAAACUUCAAAGGAAGUUUCGAGUUUGUAGACAGAUGAAAACUUGUAUGCAUAUGAUUGCUGUAGGAGAUUUUAAUUUUUGUAAUAGCACCGUAUCUUCAAAUUCAAACAUUAGUAAACUAACACAUCAUUGACUUGGCUCAUUUACCAAAUUUGUAAUCUGUUUUAAGAACAGGAUGCCCAGAGAUAAUUAUCACUUGCAAGCUUAAGAGUAAAAAGAAAAAAAGAAAACCCUUUCACGUAUACCGCAGGUUAUUCUGAACAAGGGCCAUAAAAAAGAAGGGAGGAAGGAAGGAAGAAAUGGAGGGAAUCUGUUUUCAGGAAGAUAGUGAAAGAAGAGUAUGUAUAUUUCUUAUUUUAACCAGAUACCUUCUUUAAGUAAUUUCUUUGUUAAAUCAAAAAGCCUACAGGAAGAAAUAGGGAAUUACCAGAAAUACAUACCAAGUUUUAUUAACAUAGUAGUUGGGUAGACUCAGUUUACUCUUGGAACCAAAAGGGGGGGGGGAAUUUUGACAUUCAAAGCGUAUGAGUUGACACUUUUUUUCCCAAUGUUAAUUCGUAUGGCACAGUCUACAACAUAGCAUUGGACUGAAAAUAUUAAAAAUCAUAGUACAAGAAAGGUAUUCAAUGCUAGGUGAUAUGACUCUUGACAUGGUACACUCAACUUUUAGAAUCUUUUAAAGGCAUACUUGGCUGCUUGUUAGUUAUUUUGGCUAAAGUUAUUUUGGCUAACAAUCUCCAUCAAUUAAUAUCAUUUCUCUGUUUGUAUGUCUGCCAUCUUUAAAAGCAUAUGGAUCAUGGGAGCCCUCUGAAAAGUGAUUCUUUUAAGCUCAUUUCAGUUUUGUGCUUUCAGAACACUGAUAUAUUUGCUUAGCCAUCCAUUGUUCUGUGAAUCACAUAUGUUUAAUUUGCUUGUAGUUAACUCAAUAUUGGCUCAGCAUUGAUGUGCCAAACAAUGGCUUUGCUUUCCAACUGAACCAGACUAGUAUCCUGCUGCUUGUUUCAAUCUUGAUGCAGUAAGUGAUGCAGUAUCUGGGUUUAUAGUUAUUCAUAAACUGCACUGUCCUUUGUGCUUGAUUUGCUAAAACUAUUUCCUUACCUGUGAAAAUCCUGAGCGGUGCUCUGCCAACCUUUGAUCAGAGGGGCUUGGAUGGCUGUGUCAUUGCACACUGGAUCAGGAAUUAUUCAGUGUUGUGAGUGGCACAUUUCUUAAACACCAGCAGCACUGCAAAGUGCACUAUGAACAUUAGUACAGUUGUCCAAAUGCAAAGUUUUUUCAUCUAGGAGAAGCUGAGGAAUAGAGUUCAAUAGGAAUGCUUGAAGUAUUUUGAGGAAGAUGAAUGUUUAGUUCUGUUGACUCUGAAGUGGAGUAGUAGUAGAGGUUUUUCCAGAGAGAAAAUGUCUAUGUUCCUUAUAUCUGAAAAAGUCAGAGUGUUUGGUCAAGUUCACCAGAGAUUAAGUUAUAUUCUUUCAGCCAUGCAAGUGCCAAGUAAUUGUCUGCAGUCUAUCUACUCUUCCACUCAGUUUACUAUUUGAGUAGGGAAGGGCUUAUUUAUUUUUCAUUACCUGGCAUUAAGUUGAGUAAUUUAUUGUUUUGCAUACAUUUGAGUCAUUCUGUGGCCUAUAUAGUGUUUUGUAACUAAUUCUAAUGAUCAAAAAGCUAAGCACAUGAUUUUACAACUAAGCAAGGUGUUUUGGUAAUCUCUUCCUAGACUUGAGUAAUUUCUGGUAAUACUACUCUAAGCAAAUUCUACUGUUUUAGGUUGUGCAUUUACUUUGAUUUUAUCCUAAGAAAAUGCCAAGCACUAAAUCAGCUUCUUAUUGUGUUCCAAUCAAUUUAAAAAUAUCUUAAUUUUUUCCUUUUUUUAAGUAGAAAAUUUAAUGAAGUGCCAUGUAAUUGUAGAUUGCUAAUAUUUAAUGUUUAAUAGACUGGCUUUGUGAUAUUCUAAACAUUUAACACUCUCUUGUCAUCCCUGGAGAACGUGGUUCUACUCAUUACUGAACACAUUCUGAUAAAUCACCAGCUGCUUUAUUUUUCUAUUUAUUGAACAGUUGAUGAGGUCUGAAUCUUGACCAAACUGCUCAGCUGAGAUGCUUUUCACAAUAGACACUGUACAAAAUAUGUGUGCAAAAGGACACAGUUGGGUGGUGGUAUUUUUUUCAUUAAUGUGAACAUUGACUAAACAAAGCAGUCCUGCCUUUUAAAUCUUGUGGCAGCUCAGAAGGGAGGUGCUUUAGAACCUUAACUAUUAUGUCAGAUGACAAAUUACUUUUUUUUCCAUUUUGGAGAUUGGGUACUGCUCACACAUGAUGUAUAGGGCUAAAUAUAUGCUUGUUUCCUUGCACCUGUGUACUUUCCUCUUCUCUCCCUUCUUUUCUUUCCUGUGUAGGCAAUAAAUGGCCAUUUUGCAACUGCA